GAAACAAAUGUUGAUUUAUUGGCGGUGGAAAGCGGAAUGGUUUGCAGACGGACCUAUGUUUGAAAUCUUCAGUUUGUUACUCGUUUCUGGCUAUAUUCAGAUUAAAAUUCAUAAGUCCUACCAUUGCACUGUCGUUGAAUCCGCAACAAAACACGCUUCAGUGUAAUCGAUAAGAUGAACAAUGAUGUGAAUAACGAGAAAAAUUUCGACAAACCGAAAGCAGAAAAAAAAUUUAUACAGAUCUCAUCCGAGUCCAUAGAACUGAUUGCCGAUUCAGCCGGAUACACAAAUCUACCAGGAAUUCUUUCAAAAAGUCUCGCAGAAGAUACUUCUUACAGAUUGCGAGAAUUAAUACAAAGCUGCAGUCAAAUUCUGCGCCACAGCAAACGAUCAAAACUUACCAAGGAUGAUGUUAAUCUUGCUCUACGAUGGAGUGAUGUUCCACAAGUUCAUGGUCCAAAUUCCACCCUUGAAGAUUUCUCCUAUCUACCAGAGUUAGAUAUUUACAGCUCAGUAGACAGGGUGGUGGACCUAACACAGGAAUAUCCAACUGACACUGAUGUAGAAGUUUACUCUCCUAUGAAAUUGACAAUCCAAUACCUUUCUUUGGAUCCUGAAGACAAACUCAAAGCAGAGAUAUAUUUUCAGUAUUUUGAAAAAAUUUCACAAUCCUUGCUUAGUACUUCUGAUUGUGUUGUUGAGGUCGCAUUAGCAAAUUUGCUUGAGAACUCAAGAUUGCAACCUUUACUACCUACCUUUUCUGGUUUUUUAAGAAAUUUAGUUGCCUUUAGUGGAGAAAAUUCCCAUGUUGUCAAAAGGAUACCCAAAAUUUUCAAUGCGUUAAUGAACAAUUCUCAUCUUCACAUUGGUUCUGAGUAUAAAUGCUUCCUCUUGUUGGUGCAAGACCUUAUUUUGAAUUAUGGGGGAGCAAAGCUGGAUGAUAGUAUAUUCCACCUGAUUUCCAGCACGUUACACAUUCUGGCUAAAUUAUCAAUCGACUGCUCAAUCCAUGAUGUCAUCAACAACUUGAGUAAUAUUAUUGCUGAUGUUGACGGGCACAUUAGUGUACAAUGCAGAGCGUUGAUGGCUCUGAGAUGUCUGAGUAGCAAGUAUCUGGACACAGCUACACUGGAACACUGGAACGCCUUACUAUAUAAAUUCUAUGAAAUCUCGCAAACUGAAAAAAAUGUCCUCUAUUUGGAAGCUGCUUUAAUUAGCGCCCUCAUAGAUGUCUUGCGGUGCAAGAUGAGAUUGCUUGAUCAAAUAACAGAUACGGAUGACCUCGUGGCAGAACAAAUGUGGAAUGAGGGAUCUGAAAUCUACCGUGUAACCAGUGACUUGUUGGGAUCAGCGGUACACCGGAUAGGCCAUUUCUCUCCGUCGCUUUGUCGGCAAGUUCAGCGAGGCCGUUCAGUUAAAGUUGGCAAUUCAUGCAAUGAGCUUUACUGGACUUUGAAGACACUUCAUAAGCCUUUACCUCAAUCGAGAUGGCGCUACAACCUUUACGACAAACCACAUUUAAAAGCAAAAACGACUGAUCUCAUGGAUGUCUUCGAUUAUUCUGAACGGAACCAUCUGCGGAUGGCCAACAUCACUUUUCGCGUGAGAAACUGGAAACAACGUCCAAUGCACUUGCUGAAGAAAAAGGUGCCACAAUGCCCUAGUGCGUCCUUCUCAAACUUUGCCGUUUUAGCCAAUUCCAAGUUCAAAUGUAUUUCAAAGUGUUAUGUCGUUAACUCAACGUUGCUUUUCAACUGUCCGGUUGAUUUGAUUUUGUAAAAUAUGUGGAAAUUUAACAUUCAACCAAGCUGUUAUAUAGGCAUCAACAACAACAAAAAUCGCAAAAUUUAUUGGAUUUAACAUGUCUUAAAUGUAUCUUGAAACGAUAAUGAUCUUUGUUAAA